UAAUUGCACAGGCUACUGGCAGCUCGCAUCCGACACACUCAAAUCUCAGCAUCCGACCUGCUGCUACUGCAGAUUCAACCAAGAACUUUAUUGACAGGAUAGAAGAAGUCAUCAUUAUGAACACCCUGAACCAACAGUAUGAGGAGAAGGUGCGUCCCUGCAUCGACCUCAUCGACUCUCUUCGCUCUCUGGGUGUAGAGAAGGACUUGGCUCUGCCUGCUAUCGCCGUCAUUGGAGACCAAAGCUCGGGGAAGAGCUCCGUGCUGGAGGCGCUGUCAGGGGUGGCUCUACCAAGAGGAAGUGGCAUUGUGACAAGAUGUCCUCUCGAACUGAAGAUGAAGAGAAAGAAAGAAGGAGAGGAGUGGUACGGGAAGAUAAGCUACCAGGACUUUGAGGAAGAGAUAGACGACCCCGUAGAUGUGGAGAAAAAGAUCAGACAAGCUCAGGAUGAAAUAGCUGGACUAGGGGUGGGGAUCAGUGAUGAACUCAUCAGUCUGGAGAUCGCCUCUCCUGAUGUUCCCGACCUGACGCUCAUUGACCUGCCCGGCAUCACCAGGGUGGCUGUAAAGGGACAGGAUGCAAACAUUGGAGACAGGAUAAAGAGCAUGAUACAGAAGUUCAUCAGAAGACAAGAAACCAUCAGCUUGGUGGUUGUCCCCUGCAAUGUGGACAUAGCAACCACAGAAGCUUUGAAGAUGGCCCAGGAAGUGGAUCCUGAAGGAGAGAGGACUCUGGGUAUCUUGACCAAGCCUGACCUGGUGGACAGAGGCACAGAAGAGAGCGUUGUGGAAAUUGUCAAUAAUGAAGUCAUCCACCUGAAGAAAGGCUACAUGAUCGUCAAGUGCCGGGGUCAGAAGGAGAUCACAGAGAAAGUGUCUCUUACUGAAGCGAUAGAAAGAGAGAAAACCUUCUUCAGUGAUCAUGCAUUUUUCCACUCUCUCUAUAAUGAUGGCCAUGCUACUAUUCCCAAACUGGCUGAGAAACUCACACUGGAGCUUGUGCAUCACAUUGAGAAAUCUCUGCCUCGACUGGAAGAGCAAAUAGAGGAGAAACUAGCAGAGACUCAGGCACAGCUAGAGAGAUAUGGCAACGGCCCCCCGUCAGACACAGCCGAAAGAAUCUACUACCUCCUUGAUAAAGUGACUGCAUUCACUCACGAUGCCAUCAACCUGACUACAGGAGAGGAACUCAAGUGUGGAGACAGGUUCAAUGUCUUCUGCAUGCUCAGAAAUGAGUUUGGGAAGUGGAACAACCACCUGCUCCACUCAGGAGAAAAGUUUAACAAAAAGAUUGAGAAAGAGGUGGAGGAAUACGAAGCGACGUAUCGUGGAAGAGAACUGCCGGGCUUCAUCAACUACAAGACCUUUGAGACCAUGGUCAAGGACCAGAUCAAACAGCUGGAGGAGCCCGCUGUGAAAAAACUCAAGGAUGUUGGAGAUGCUGUCAGGAAGGUGUUCAUACAGCUUGCCCAGAGCAGCUUCAUUGGAUAUCCGAACCUGGUCAAAAUAGCCAAGGCAAAGAUCGAAGCCAUCAAGCAAGAAAAAGAGUCCGCUGCUGAAUCCAUGCUGAGAACUCAGUUCAAGAUGGAGCUGAUUGUUUACUCUCAGGACAGGACCUACAGCAGCAGUUUGAGUGAGUGCAAGAGAGAGGAAGAGGAGGAGGAAGCUGCAACUUCUAUCCAAAAACAUAAAGAAAGGAGUUUGGUGUACAGCAAAGAUAAUCAUGCUACACUUCAGGAGCUGAUGACGCACCUUAAAUCUUAUUACAAAAUUGCCAGCCAGCGUCUGGCUGACCAGAUCCCACUGGUGAUCCGCUACCAGAUGUUGCAGGAGUCUGCCGUUGCCCUGGAGAGGGAGAUGCUGAUGAUGAUCCAAGAUAAGGAGAAUUUGGAGCUAUACCUGAAGGAGGAUUGCGACAUUGGCACGCAGAGGGCUGGUUUGCAGAGUCGCCUUAAACGCCUCAUGAAGGCUCGCACAUAUUUGGUGGAGUUCUAGAGGGGGUCAAGCUCUCAACUAUCGGUACGAGUCUACUGAACCUCUUUUCAAUAUAAAAUACACUUCCCUUGUUGUUA